AUGAUUUCAGAUGAGGCUCAGGAUAUAUUAGGAGGUGUUGCUAAAAUAUUCCCACAAGCAGAGCACAGACACUGUGCUAGGCAUGUGUAUGCCCAUUGGCAUAAGACAUACAAGGGUGAUGAAAUGAAGCAGCUGCUUUGGAGAGCAGCAAAGUCCUACAAUGAGGCUGAUUUGGGAGAUGCUCUGACAGAAAUGGAGAAGGUAAACCCUGAAUCUGUUGUUGAAUUCAAGAAGUAUAACCCUAAGGUGUUUUGUAGAGCACAUGUUAAGACAAAUACAAAAUGUGAUGUGAUUAUCAACAACAUGGUUGGAACUUUUAAUGGGUAUAUUAUAGAUGCUAGAGCAGAACACAUUAUUUUCAUGCUUGAGGAUAUUAGGACUGCUUUAAUGCAGAGGAUGGUUAUUAAAAGGCAGCAGAUGGAGAAGAGUACAGCUAAGAUUUGUCCUAGGAUACAAAGUAGGCUAGAAAAGGAGAAAGAUGAGGCAGCAAAUUGCACCCCACUGCCAUCUAGUUCUACUUUAUUCCAAGUAGCUCACAAAAUGGACACCUUAACUGUGGAUUUGGAAAAAAGAUCUUGUACUUGUAGAAAAUGGGAUUUAAGUGGUGUGUCCUGUUGUCAUGGGAUUGCUUGUAUUUUCUUCCUCCAUCAUGAAGCUGAAGACUAUGUUGAUGAAUGCUAUAAAAGAGAAGCUUAUUUGAAGAUGUAUUGUGGGGGAAUUAGUCUAUUGACUGGAGAGAGACAUUGGCCUAAAGUGGAUAUGCCCUUGGACCCUCCUCCCAUUAAGAUUGGUCCAGGCAGACCAAGGAAGAACAGGAUCAAAGAUCCUCGCGAAGACCCUAAAAGAUCUGGCAAAUUGAGUAAGCAUGGAGUGGAGAUGUCCUGUAGUGUGCGAAAGAACAAGGGGAACAACAAAAGAACAUGCCCUGACAAGGGUAAGGCAGUGGAACCAACACCAAAAAAGACAUGUGGCAGACCUAGGAAAGACAUCACUCAGCCAAUAAACACUGCCAGUUCUUCCCCUCCUCCUUCACACCAUGAAACAACUGUACAGCCAUCAAGGAUUGGUAAAAAUGGCAGGGUGGUUGGAAAAAUGCCACAGGGAGUUGGUGUCCUUUUUGAUGGUCAUGGCAACACUCCCAUCAAUGUUCAACCUGACAUUAGCUACGUUGUGGUCUGGUUUCAUCUUUGUUUAUGA